AUGAAAAGAUAACGAUCGUAAUCCUGGGAUGCUUCUAAUCAUGAUUCUAGUGAAUUAUUACGAUAAUAAUCAGAAAGACCCUUAAAUGAUCAAAAUGUAUGAUAUUGUUAGAUUAAGAGCAUUUUUACUAUGAUUGUUAAUCACAAUAUAAUUAAAGAUAUUUCAAUUAUUGAGACAUAUAAAGAGGUUGAUAAAAUAUCAAUCCAUAAAAAACACUAUGUUAAUUAUGUAAUAAAAAUAAAAACAGACUAUUUUGAUUAUACUGUUGCUAAAAGAUAUUCAGAAUUCGAAAAACUAUAUGAAUAAGUAAUUCUAGAUAUUUAAUAUUGAAGGUUUCACCUAUUUUACAUAAAUUACCAAAAUUUCCAGAAAAAAAAUUAAUUAAGUCUAAUUCAAAGAAAAAUAUUGCAGAAAGAAAAGAAAUGCUUGAAGGUAAAGAAUUUAUUAACAAAAUAGAAAUUUUAAAAUAUAUAUAGAAAAAUCUCAAUAAUUAAAUGCAUAGUUUCUUGAACUUUUUAAAUAUUCAAUGUAAAUUCAUUGAUAUCUUUAGAAUAAUUUUUAAAAGGAGGUUUUGGUUAAAAUGUAAGAAUUCAUGAAUUGAGUAGAGAUGAAUUAGGUUUAAUUGAUUUAAAAGAAACAGCAAAAUUAACUGCUUCAAAUGAAUUAGAGAAGAUGACAUUUCAUUAUAUUGUUAAAUUAAAUGAUCGUAUAGAUGAAAAAAGUAAAAUAUUUUCGUAAGAUAUAAAUACUUAUAUAGUAAAAUGGAAUAAUACUUUUUUGGUAAAACUUAAUAUUUGAAUUCUUAAUUAUUGAAAUUCUUGUUACUUGGAGAUGAUAGUAAAUAUAAAGGAAUUAUUGAAUUAUUAAGAAAUCCAUCAAAAGAUUCUCAAUCUCACAUCUCUUGUGUUAGUGGAUUUCAAUUUCUAAGAAAAAUGUUAGAAUAUGAUUAUAACCCAAGUAACUAGUAUUUUAAAGAAAUUUAGACGCUGAUUUUUUUUUGAAAAUCUUUUCUGAAUUAAGCAUAAAACAAUUUAAGAAAAUUGGUUUAUCUUUUCACAUUUGUAGUAGAAAUAAAUAAUUGUGCAAAUAACAUACAUUAUUAUUGAUUUAUAAAUAUGUUAAAGGAAAUGAUUUAAAACCUGAAUUUAUAAACUUUUUAGUAAGUUUUUCAAAAAAUUUAAGUUAGAAGAUCAAGAUGCUUUGUAAGAAUUUAAUUCUUUUUCUGAAAUAUACUAAUAAAAGAAAGAGGAACCCUUUUAAUUAGUUAUUGACAAUAAUUACUAUGAUGAUAAUUAAAGAGAUAAUUUACCCACAAAAUCAAGCUCGAAAGAACAACAGUGUCUUUUAGAGUAAGAUCCGACUUUAGAAUUACUAUAAGAAAUAAUAAAAUCAACAUCUAUAUCUUGGAAAUUAGUGUAAGGUAAAUAUAUAGGUUGAUUCAAGAAUUUGAGAACCAUUCUUUCUAGCAUAUUUAAGGAUAAAUAGUCAAGACUAUCCAUCCAUUGAAAUGCAAUUUAGAAAAAGCAAUUGAGAUUGUUACAACAGCUAAAUAGAAAUGGGUGGCUACUAUGAUUUCAAGAUAAUAACUAAAAAAAAUAAAUGAUAACAAAUAUGUUAUAGCAGAAACAUAUUUAUGGUAAGAUAAAUAAUUGUUUAAAAAAGUAGUUUUUUUUUCAUAAGAAACAAUUAUAAUAAAUGUAAAUAUUUGAUUUAUUCAAUUAGGAAAAUAAAUUUGAAAUUUUAAUGUAACCAGAAUUUGAAAUUUAAGAAUAUGAAUAAUUCUAGAAAUAUGAUGAAAUAAGUAUUAUUAUUUUUUAUUAUGCUUAAAGGUUAGAAAUUAUAAAUAACAUAUGGAGUUUAUGAAAAUGGCAUUACAACAGUCACUAUCAUUUAAAAUCUCUUUGAUAAAGUUUAACAAUUAUAAUAUACACCUUUACUUUUAAAGGAAGUUAAUUAUUUUGAAAAGAGCAUAUAAUAAUUAUAAAUUUUAUAAUCUGAAUGA